GCUGUGCGGUGCCGGUACCCGACGGGCUAUGAGCGUUAUCACAAGUUCUGGUGCCGGAAAGGAGGUUUGGUAGACGGUUGGGGCUGUUCCAAUGGGAUUCACAUCGUUGAGACCGAUGGGUCGGAGGCGGAGGUGACGGGGGACAGAGUCUCCAUCCGAGAUAAUCACACCCAGCGCGUGUUCACUGUGACCCUGGAGCACCUGACACGGGCAGACGCUGGCAUGUACCACUGCGUGGUACGGAGAACUGGGCCUGAUCUCAGGGAUACUGUGAAAGUCACCGUCUUCCCAGAUCAUUCUUCCCCAGCCCCAACAAAAAGGUCAUCAUCAGCGACAGUGCAUCCAGCUUCUUCUUCCCCCUCAAAACCUACUUUCAUCUGGACAACUACUGAGAAAGAGAAAUCCAGCUUCUCCACUAACCAAAACCCCACUUCCCCUGAGGCCCAAGACUCAGACAUCCUCCUCCACAUCCUGCUACCAUGCGUCCUGCUGCUUCUCAUUUUGUUUCUGCUCGCUGCUGUGAUGUUGGUGAGACUGUCCAAGAAGAGGAAAAAAGCGCUUUCAGGAGCAUCUGUGCGGAGUGACAAGAAAAUCAACCUGUCAAAUUUGGCGGUUGGGAACAAUGCAGCAUAUGGCAGCCCAGAGUAUGCGGUUAUAGAUUCUCCCGCAGCCACUGACCAAACAGGACUUUACAGCAAUGUUGAGAUCCUUCCUAACUCACUGAACCCUGACGGCAAUUAUGUGGGAAUCCAGCCCCACUGUCAGGGGUCAGAAGAGGUUUCUUAUGCCACUGUGACGAUUUCCACUCCUGACCAGCAGCCCAUCUAUGCCAACGUGGAGCAGCGCCCCAAGACAACACGCCCACCCAAGCCCCCUGAGGAAACCCUGUACAGCGCUGUGAAGAAGCCGCCCAAACACUAACCCUGGAUAUGAGGCGGAGUGGGGAUGGGGGGCUGCAUUGUCCUUAUCCAAGCUGCUUGAUCCCUACCUGGAAAAAUUUGAAGUAACCGGGUUUAGAACCAAAUCUGACCUGUACAAACUCCAGGACUUACGGACACACUCAGCCUGGAUCUGGAGUCUGUGGGUCUGUAUGAGGCACAGGUGGCCUGAUGGAAUUAAACAGUUGCAGUUAUCUUGUGAGGAGUGAGUUCAAAGACCAAUGGCUGGGCGUACAGACAGUGAAACUCCCCAGGAUCUGUUCAGCAGGACAAGAGAGAUACGUGGCUCUAUGGUUACGGAGUUGUCGGAUGUUUUCAGUUUCACAGGAGUUUUAAACCUUUACUUCAUAAAAUUCUCAUUCAAGUGGCAAAAUCCAAAAUCCAGAUCAUGAACUUUGAGCAUAAUUUGACUUGUUCCUGGUCUGAUGAAAAACGUACCCAUUUCGCAAGAAAUCUAAGACACUCUGGGCUCUGUCCUUUGGCCACAUUGUUGCUUCUCAAAUGCUAAUUGCCCAAAGAUCAGUUACACAGAGGGGGUAUUUGCCUACAUAGUAUUUUGUAACUUUCUAGUCAUAACUCCGUUGACAGCAGAACCAUGCCCAUUGGUGAUAGGUUGUGUCUACACUGAAGAGCUACAGGGACACAGCUACACCGGUGCCGUUGCAGCCUUUCAAGUGUAGACAAGCCCCCAGUCACUAUCUCCAACCACAAAACCUUAACAAGCACCUGGCUGUGUUAAGGCAAAAGGAACUUGCCAAGUGCCUGGGCCACUUGACAGUCAGAGAUGCUGAGCUCUUGAUAGAAACACAUAUGUGGUCACUGUUAAGGUUUUGCUUUAGGGUGCAAGUUUGCUGACGUUGGGUACAUGUUGCGUUUGGUUGUUAGAAACGGAAGUGAAAGCCGUAAGGGCUGAAGUGCGGAACUCCCAGCCCUACAGGCAAUACGGGCGUGGAAAGGAAUCCCAAAGUCUUUCCUCUUAACCUUUUAUUUCCACGUGUUAACAGUUUUGGAUGAAUCAUGUGUUGGGGUGAAACCUUGGCUGCGAUUGUUCUUGCUAAUUAUUUCUAGCUCUGUAGUACCAAGAGGACUCAAUAGAGAUCAGGGCCAAGUUGUGCUGGGAGCUGAACAAAUACAAAAUAAGAGACUGCCCCUGCUGCAAAGUGUUUCCAAUCUGAAGCCUUGGCUACACUUGCGAGUUGCAGCGCUGUAAAGCCGCCCCCAGCGCUGUAACUCACUCCCCGUCCACACUGGCAAGGCAUUUGCAGCGCUGUAUCUCCUUGGUUGCAGCGCUGCAUGUACUCCACCUCUCCGAGAGGAAUAGCGAGUGCAGCGCUGCGGCGCCAGUGUGGCCACCCAAUGCGUUGUGAAUGGCCUCCAACAUUAUUCGACAGUAUCCCACAAUGCCUGUUCUAGCCACUCUGGUCAUCAGUUCAAACUCUACUGCCCUGGCCUCAGGUAACCAACCAUGUGACCGACCCUUUACAUUCCCCAGGAAUUUUAAAAAUC